AUGAAGGCCGACCCAGAUGUCAAGAUGAUUUCCGCCGAAGCACCAAUUCUCUUUGCUAAGGGUUGCGAUAUCUUUAUCACAGAACUUACAAUGCGCGCAUGGAUUCACGCAGAGGAGAACAAGCGCCGCACACUUCAGCGAUCAGACAUCGCAUCUGCUCUAGCCAAAUCCGACAUGUUUGACUUCCUGAUUGAUAUUGUGCCCCGUGAAGAGGCAGCCAGCCAUGCGAAGAGAGCUACUGGUGCUACACAACCUUCCGUACCACCUCCAGGAGGCUCGCAACUCCCACCACAGAGCAUCCCACAGAAUCCAGGCGCACAUGGCCAUAUGCCACCGCCAGACUACAUUGGCCUUGGUCAUCAGGAGCCUGAUUACAGACAGAACAUGUAUACACCACAAGUUCAGCCUGGACCCGCUGCUCCAUAUGGCGGAGCACCUCAGCAGCAGAUGUACAGUGAUAUCGAGGGCAUAUAUGGCGGAUAUCCACCUAUGCAAGCGCAACAGCAAAUGUACCAAAUGCCCCAGCACCGCCCUCAAGAUCCAUCUGUCGGCCAAGACCCUGGGCACAACUACCCCCGCCAUGACGGAGGUGAAGGCGAUGCUGAUGCAGAGGGCGAACGUGACUACGAGGUCUAG